UAAAAAAACGGGAUCGAAAAUUGGACCAGUCAGGCACACAGGCAGAGCAGAGUGAAGCUGAUAAAAGGCAGCGAUAAAAAUAUCCUCCGCAGCCAUGGUGGGAAAUGAGCGCUUUUCCUUCCAAAAAACCGUCCAGUGUUUGGCCCGUGUACUGGCCAUGAUAAAGCCCACGCCAUGGGAAAAGGUGCAAACGCUGUUCAAGUACUGUCCGCAGGAAAAUGCGGCCGGAGUGUUCUGUCUCGAUGCCCGGGCCCAGGAUGCGGUCAUCGCCCUCGGGCUGUACUUCCUGGAGAGUGGCUAUCAGUAUCCGAAGGAAAUCAUCCCCUACCUGCUGCGGCUCGCCAAAGCACUCCCGAAGGCCGUAUGGAUCGAUGACGUCAAGCCCAACAAAAUCGAUAAAAUACCUACGGCGGAAAAGUUUGCCUUCUGCCUGAACAGCUUGCUGUCCGACAUUGCCGUCGGAUGUCCAGAGCAUCGCGAUGAGAUCAUCCUCAUCCAGGUGGAGGUGCUGACAGUCCUAACGAACAUGAUCAAGGGCAGCAAGGAGAGCAGCACGCUGCCCCCGAUCAUCCUAUGUAAAGCGACCGUUCCAUUGCUGCUCGGACUGAGCCGCUCGAUGGGCCGCUAUGCCGCGUGUGACCCGCCCCUACUCUGCCGACUCUUUCCAAAGGAUGAAAUACUCGUCGUAAAGUCGGCCGAAACGCCCCUUUCCGCGGACGCGAAGGACAGCACAAGCGUGAGCCAGUUCCGCUCGAUCAUACCACGAUCGAUGUCGGGCAGCCUGUCCGUCGAUGCGGGCGAGACGGAAAAGUCAAUCCACAGCAGCCGGAAGAAGCUCAGCUCGUUCUACUCCGUGCCGUACGAUCCGACGACGUACUUUUUCGCAAAGUAUGGCUCCAGCUUUAACCAGUUCCCGAACAUGCGUUUCUGCGACUCGAUGGAGAAGAACGAUCGGCUCCAGUUUCCGAUCAACCAUCUGCAGACGAUCUUUGCGCUGGCGAAGAAGCUGCUGACGAAGGAGACGCUCGAACAUCUGGACGAACAGGCGGGCGAUAUAUACGCGCUGAAUCAGAUCAAACCGUACGGGUAUAAGAGCUUCUCGGAAACGAUCAAUCUGGUGAUGGUGACGUUGCUGCGCGAGAUACUGCAAAAUCAAACAGACUUACCGACACCCUUCACGAAGGAUGUACAGGAGUUUGUUAAGCGCCUGUUCCUAAUCGGCCAAACCGAGCUGCAAAACAAACAGCACGAUGCCAUCGAUCGUGUGCGUGAUCCUAGCAACAUCGUCGUCAACAAGUACAAGAUCAACGUGAUGGCCAAUGCGGCGUGCGUCGAUUUGCUCGUCUGGGCGAUCGGCGAUGAAACAGUCGACAACUUGUGCGACCUGCUAACGUAUCUGCAAGAAAGUUUAUCGUUCACGAUGGGUUUAGAGGCCGAUAAGCUGUGCAGUCGGCUGUACCAGAAGCUCAACUCGGUGCUCGGCCACAAGGUGGUGAUGGAUCAUAUGCCGCUGCUAAUGGUUUGCUUGGAGGGAUUAGGCAAGCUGGCGCAAAAGUUCCCCAACAUUGCGGGCACCUCGAUAUCCUACCUGCGGGAUUUCCUGGUCGAUCCGAGCCCAAUCUUAACGAAGCUUCACGUGCAAUCGCAAGCACAAACGAAGAAGGACAAAGAGAACGCUCCUUUCCGAAUCGUGGUACAAGGCUCCGAUUUCAAAGCGUUCGAUCACGCCACCAAACCGAAAGGACUGACCAAGUCCGCCCAGGAAGCAUUCGAAGCGUUGCGCGAUGCAGCGAUCGAAAAUCUGAGCAUCGCGCUACGGGCAGCACACGCCCUCGACCAGUACUGUGUGCCGGCCCUCGUAGCGAACGUGUCCAACCGUCUGUUUACCGCCGAAAAGCAGGAAAGCGAAUCGAGCCUAGUGUCGCUCAACAUCAUCGUAAUGCUGGGGCACGUGGCGGUCGCGCUCAAGGACACGCCGAAAACGACCAACAACAUAUUGCAGUUUUUCAUCCAACGCUUUUGCAAGGUACCAUCGGAGCAGAAUGUGCUGAUCGUCGAUCAGCUCGGUUGCAUGAUCAUCUCCAAGUGUGAGCCGCAGGUGUUUGAGGAGAUUAUGAAAAUGUUCUCGCGCGUCACCGUGCAGGCCGCGUCGCUCGCUUACUCGACCAAUCCGGAGCAAAGUGUUUACAGGAAAUCGUACCACCACGUGUCGGAUGCGGUCGUUAAUGCGCUCGCGAACAUUGCCGCCAACAUACAGGGCGAGCUGGAGAUGCUGGACCUGCUCGGGAAGCUGCUGGAGCUGUUCGUGCAGAUCGGGCUGGAGGCGGAACGGUCCUCGGACAGUACGUCCGGUGCGCAGAAGGCUAGCUCGAGUGCGGGCAACCUCGGCAUGCUGAUUCCAGUGAUUGCGGUCUUGGUGCGACGACUUCCACCGAUCAAAAACCCAAAGCAGCGCCUGCACAAGCUGUUCAAAGACUUCUGGCUGUACUGCGUGGUGAUGGGCUUCACCAAUUCGCGCCUCUGGCCGUCCGACUGGUACCAGGGCGUGCAGCAGAUAGCGGCCAAAUCGCCCCUGCUCAUCUCCCAAACCGCCCACCGGUCGGAGAUGCGCGAGCUAAACUACACCUCCGCCAUCCGGUCCGGUAGCGUUAGCUUGAUGGAGCUGCGCAACCAAAUACUGCUGCUGCUCGACCACCCGCCCGCGGACAUCACGGCCUGCAUCAACAAGCUCACGUUCGCGCAGUGCGCCUACCUGCUGAGCGUGUACUGGCUGGAGAUAUUGCGGGUGGAGAACGCGUCUGAGCCGAGCCUGGAACCGAUCCUGAGCUACCUGUGCGAUAAUGCGCUGCUGAAGGACAAGUACGGCAUGUGGCAGUGUGUGCGCUGCAUUGGCGAUCAGGUGUUCGAGAAGUUCCGCAGCGUGCUGCUGGCGCAGGACUCGGUGCGCGAGAAGGUGCUCGAAUCGCAGGCGAUGCUGCUGCUCGUCUACUUCAACCACAUCCACAAGCAAAUUCAGCUGGUGGCGGACCAGUACCUGUCCCAGCUGGUCGACAAGUUCCCGCACCUGCUCUGGAACCGGAAGGUGCUGUGGUGCAUGCUGGACGUGCUGCAGCUGCUAGCGUUCUCGCUCACGCUCGACCCGAACGAGGAGACGCCGACGCUGCGUGUCAACUCGACGCCCUACACGCUGCAGCUGAUGGAUAGUUUGCCGGCGCGGGAAAGCCGCGUGAAGGAUUUCGCCGACCGGUGCCAGGGCAUCGUGAAUGAGGCGAUGAAAUGGGCACCGAAAUCAACGCGCAGCCAUCUGCAGGAGUACCCGAAUCAGGUGCCAUCGACGAGCCUUUCGAACCACAGCGGCUUGGCGCUGGCCGUUGAUUCGAUUUUGCACACGUGGGUAGCGAACGCAACGAUUCCGACGGCGACAAAGCGACCGCACUGCGUUAACAGUGACACUUCGAAGUUUGUGUCGGUGCUUUGCUUGCGCAGCAAGUACGCGGGUGAGAUUUCCGGCCUGCUGUCCGUGCUGGAGGAUGAGGAGAAGAAGGGACUGGCCGAUCGGCUCGUGCGGGACGUGUGGGACGCUUGUGCGGAGAAGAGCGACCCGAAGCAUCGUGGAGCGUUGUGGCGCGCGACCGCCUACUUGAUACUGUGCUCGAGCGCUAACCGGAAGCUGCUGCACGCGAUCUCCUCCUCGCAGGUGCAGCUGUUCACCGAGAGCGCGAUGGAGACGGCGGUCGAGUGCUGGCAGUGGAUACUGACCGCCCGGCAGGAUCUGGAGCUGUGCUUCAUACAGGAGAUGGUGACCGCGUGGCAGACGACGUUCGACAAGCGCAUGGGGCUGUUUUCGGAGGAGCACGAUGUGACGAGUCCGCUCGCUGCGUACGAAGGCUGCCGGUUGGUGCCGAAGCCAAUCGUCGUUGCGCCGCAUCUGAUCUGGCUGCAGCUGCUAUCGGAGAUGGUCGACACGGCCAAGUACUGCAACCGGGACAAGGUGGAAAUGUUUUGUAUGCUGCUUCACCGCUGUCUACCGUUCAGCAGGGAUUUCAAGCAAAAUCGGCACAUCUCCACCGUGGGGUGCCGGUUCAAGCUGCUCCAGUGUGGACUGUCGCUGCUGCAGGGCAACACUAUUCCCAAAUCGCUUGCGCGUAACAUACUGCGCGAGCGGAUCUACGCUAACGCGCUCGAUUACUUCUGCGGGCCGCAGCUCUGCCCGAGUCAGCCACGCGAGGCGCUGCUCGAGGACAUUGCGAUACUGCUCAAGUUCUGGCAGACGAUGCGCAGCGAGAAGAAGCAUCUCGUCGCGUCGGAGGUGAGCGAUUACGAGCUGCACACGGCGUCGGUCAAUCUGUCCGUGCAGAAGGUGUCGCUGGAUACGGUUUCGCUGGCCGGUAGUGAGGUGGCCCGUUCGACGAGCAGCGGUAAUGCCGGCUGGUACAACACGAUCCCGCACUCGACGUCGACGCUUUCGAAGCGAUCGGCACGCAUCAAGCGUCCACCGUACCCGAAGGAUGCGUACGAUAAGGAUUACAUGAAGAAGCGCAAUUUGAUCCUGGAGCUGCUGGCCGUUGAGAUUGAGUUUAUGCUGAUUUGGGCCAAUCCACUCGCCCUGCCCGAGCUGCAAAUCCCGGGCGAAGAGUCCGUGGCGGAGUGGAGGGCACGUCCGAUGAAGCUGAACGUUUGGCGUGACUUCACGCGGUUGGCUUGGUCGUACAAUCCGGCGCUGGCAGUGUUUUUGCCUCAGCGCAUCCGCAAUGCGGAAACGAUCGAGGACGAGGUGACCCGGUUGGUCUGUUCGGACCCGAUGGCAGCGGUGCACAUUCCCGAGGCGCUCAAGUAUCUCGUCACCACCAAGACGGUGCUGAACGAAGCGCCCGAGCUGGUGUACAUGCUGACGUGGGCGCGGGUGAACCCGAUACAGGCGCUGUCGUACUUUUCGCGCCAGUAUCCGACCCAUCCGCUGACGGCGCAGUACGCGGUGAAGACGCUCAAUUCGUACCCGGCCGAAGCGGUCCUGCCGUACAUUCCGCAGCUGGUGCAAGCGUUACGACACGAUACGAUGGGUUAUGUGACGGAGCUGAUCAAGCACAUCUCCAAACGGUCGCAAAUUGUGGCCCACCAGCUCGUUUGGAACAUGCAGACCAACAUGUACAUCGACGAGGAGAUGCAUCAUCGUGACUCACUUUACGACGCACUGGAAUCGCUCUCGCAAAACAUCAUCUCGUCCCUGUCCGGCCCGGCCAAGCGGUUCUACGAGCGGGAGUUUGAUUUCUUCGGCAAAAUUACGGCCGUCAGCGGCGAGAUUCGCUCGUUCCCGAAGGGCCAGGCGCGCAAGAAGGCCUGCCUGGAGGCGCUCAGCCGCAUCAAGGUCCAGUCGGGCUGCUACCUUCCCUCGAACCCGGAAGCGAUGGUGCUCGACAUCGACUACAACAGCGGCACACCGAUGCAGAGUGCGGCGAAGGCGCCGUACCUGGCCCGGUUCCGCGUGCAGCGCUGCGGCAUCACCGAGCUGGAAACGAUGGCGAUGGAGGUGUCGAACAAUCCGGACUCGCAGAUCGACGGGCCGCGCCUCAACUCGCUUGGGCCGGAAGCGUGGCAGGCGGCCAUCUUUAAGGUCGGUGACGAUGUGCGGCAGGACAUGCUGGCGCUGCAGGUGAUCUCGAUCUUCAAGAACGUGUUCCAGCAGGUUGGGCUGGAGCUGUACCUGUUCCCGUACCGUGUCGUCGCCACAGCGCCCGGGUGUGGUGUGAUCGAGUGUGUGCCGAACGCGAAAUCACGCGACCAGCUGGGCCGGCAGACCGAUUUCGGGCUGUACGAGUACUUCCUGCACCAGUACGGGGACGAAACGUCCAAAGAGUUCCAGUCGGCCCGCAGCAACUUUGUCAAAUCGAUGGCCGCCUACUCGGUGAUCGGGUACCUGCUGCAGAUAAAGGAUCGCCACAACGGCAACAUCAUGAUCGACAAGGAUGGCCAUAUUAUUCAUAUCGACUUUGGCUUCAUGUUUGAAUCGUCCCCGGGUGGCAACAUUGGCUUCGAGCCGGAUCUUAAGCUCACGGACGAGAUGGUGAUGGUGAUGGGGGGCAAGAUGGAGGCGGCCCCGUUCAAAUGGUUCUGCGAUCUGUGCGUCCAGUCGUUCCUCGCGAUCCGCCCGUACCAGGACGCGAUCGUGACGCUGGUGUCGCUGAUGCUCGACACCGGGCUGCCCUGCUUCCGGGGGCAAACGAUCACGCUGCUGAAGCAGCGGUUCGUGCCGACCAAGAACAGCAAGGAGGCGGCCGCCCACAUGCUCGGCGUGAUACGCAACUCGUACCAAAACUUCCGCACGCGCACGUACGACAUGAUCCAGUAUUAUCAGAAUCAAAUUCCAUACUAGAAAGUGGGACGGCUGAAGGGGGGUGUCAGGAUAAGGGGAAGAAAUUGCCGUAUAAAUUAAUCCAUUCGUGUUGGGCUUGUAGGGUAGGGUGCUGGAAGGAGGGGUUCUACGUUUAUAUGUUGUAUCGUUACCAAAGGUAAGUGUUGGGGAAGGUGGGGGUGGGUCAUUGCGUAGGCAAAAACAACGACAAGACCGCACACCGUGCGCGUGUCACUAUGGAUCAAAUCUGUUUAAUAGUGUGAUUUAGCCAAUUGUCGGUGUGGUAGACAUGUAUUACUCUUGUUACUAUUUUCUCUCUCGCGCUCUCAUUGUUGAAACGAAGGAUAACGAAAUCCUUAAAAUACACGGAACAUAAUCCUUCACAA